GGACCAUCCAUCACGAACAGUUGGAUUCUGGCCUCCUCUCGUUGUUGAUCUGUAGAAGUCAAGCAGAAGAAGAAGGAAAAGUGAUCCAAGUGUUUGUUCAAGGUUUUUUCUCUCUCAUUCAUACAAUUGUUUUUUGAUACCCUCCGUCCACAAUCUUCGGAAAACCCCAACCACUCGAAUACCACCCGAUAAUCCAGUUCAAGGCAAGCCGGACUUGCUAAACGACCAGUCACUCAUUCGACACCACCGAAACGAAAAAAAUCCACAGUCGAUCACUCUCGACAUAUUUGCAAUUUUACAACUUGCAGCGCGCCCAUUGCUUACAGUUCACGAAACGAGAUCGGAUUUGCUGUUGCAUUUUGAACGACAAGGAAGAAAGAAAUAAUUCAAUAAUCUGAUACGAUUUGGAACCUUGGGUUUCUGGAAACUCGACAAACCAUUCGACAAACAACCCGGUCUCCCAUCUCAAAUUGCGUUGACAGCGGGCGAGCGAACAGACGUUUCCUGACCACCGAGUCCCCCUCGUCGAGUUCUCCCCCCUCUCCAAUAUCGAUCCCAGGUUGUCCCCGCCUUUUUUUCACUCUUGGCUACCAGGAAAGAAAGAGAAGCGAGAGAGCACAGAGGAACGAAGACUGCCUCACCCAGCACGCACACACAAAUCAGAAGAAAAAGAGGAGAAGACCACAACGCGCGCACUCGCACUCUCACACCCUCCAGGACCCCUGGUCGUUCUUUCCCCGGUCCAGAGCACAGUGUCGUUCGCUUCCGUCUCUACACAGUGUAACGGUUCCUGCCACGCCCCUCCACUUGUCGACCCUGGUCCCUGAUCACCCCCGGUCCACCACACAUUCACACACCCUUCACCACACCCCUCCCUCCCUCCUCUCUCUCUCUCUCUCCUCCGCCCCAGUCAGCCAGCUCUAGCUCUGUCUUCGCUGCUCGGCUUGUCAUUCACACGCAGGUACCUCCAUCGCGAACAGAAGAAGGGUACAAAUGGCAUCUCUACCCCCCAACCACAUUCGAGAGGACUUCAUGAGAUCAACAGCUGCAGUCAACAUGGCCGUCGCAUCUUCUGCGAAGGCCAAGUCGGCCUGCAAAGCCAACAACACCACCAACAACAACAAUGCCAGCUCCAAGGCAAAGUCACAAAUGCACCGCCGUUCAAGGACAGGAUGCUACACCUGCAGACUGCGCCGCAAGAAGUGCGACGAGGGCUCGCCAAUGUGCUCCGCUUGCAAACAUCUUGGUUUGACAUGCGAAUACAAGCGCCCAAUGUGGUGGAGCAACAACGAUGCCCGCCGCAAGCACAAGGACGACAUCAAGAUGAUUAUCAAGCGCAAGAAGCUCUCAGAGAAGGCGUCGCACACGAUCCAGACUUCCGUCGGCUCUCCUCCCGGCCUGUCGCACUCUCUGCCCACCUCUGCCACCUUUUCCGACCCUCUGGACCGCACUCGCUCCGCCUCCAUCGACUCGCACUUCUCCCAGGCUUUCAACUUCAACAGCCCGCCAACUGUCGGUGCCGAUUAUGCUGCCUACAACCCCCAGAUGCACCCCGACUUCAUGUUCAGUGGCUUCCCCUCGCCUUACGAGAUUGAUGUCAAGACUGAGCGCCAGGUCUACAUGAACGAUGUGCCCACUCUGAGGGAGUCGACCAUUUCCACUUUCAGCACCUACCACACUCCCCCGCCCCCGGGAACCAUCCUGCCUUCCUCCGUACCCCUCGACGGCGAGUGGACCGAGCAGAUCUACUCUGAGCGCAAGGAGUCCCUUAGUGAGGAGGCCCUCAACGUCAACUUCUUCGACUUCUCUCAUGGCCCGGCCAUGUCCAACCGCCAGGUCGCAGUCGAGCUUGACGAGAACGAUCAGCGCCUGCUGGACCACUUUAUCCAAUUCGUCCUGCCCACCAUCUUCCCCAUUCUCGACUCCAACCAACAUGGCUCCGUCGGCUCCGAUCUGAUCCUGCCGGCUCUGCAGAGCAACAAGGGUUACCUGCACUGCUGCCUUAGCAUCGCCGCCCAGCACUACAAGGCGACCAUGAACGUUCCCGGAGAGGAGAUUGACCAGGACAUCAUGCGCCAUCGGUACGCCACCAUCUCGUCUCUUUGCGACGCUUUGAACAAGGACGAGAACCACCAGGAGAUUCUCGAGGCCGCUUUGGGUCUCAUCUUCUUCCAGUGUGUCGUCGGUCGCUUCGACGACGCACUGCCCGACAUCCCCUGGCACCAGCACUUCCAAGCUGCCAUCAGCUUGGUCCAGAAGCUUGACCUCCCCCGCCUGGUUUCGGAUCCCAAUGAUCAGAUGACCCAAACUCCCUUCAACAUGACUUUGACCUCCUGGAUUGACAUUCUCGGCGCCACCAUGCAGGGACAAGCUCCUACCUUUGCCCACACCUACCGCGAGAAGCACCUGUCAAACAACCCUAGCCUGGGUCUUCGCGAGCUCAUGGGAUGCGAUGACCGUGUCAUGUACCUCAUUUCUGAGAUCGCCUGCCUCGAGGCUCUCAAGGGAAGCGGCAUGGACGACAUUACUCUUUGCCAGCACGUCCACGCUCUUGGCGACCAGAUCAACCUCACCGAGAUUGGCGAGCCUGGUCCCAAGAUGCCUUACAAUAACAAUGGAAGCCUUUCCCCUAAGCAGCUUUCCAAGAACAUGACAGCCGCGUUCCGCCUUGCCGCUCGCAUCUACCUUUGCAGCUUGGUACCCGGCUUCAACCCCGCGCAGGCUUCCUGUGUCGGCUUGGUUGAGAAGCUCGCCAACGUUCUCCAGCUCAUCCCCUCGGGACCUGGAGGCUUUGACCGCAGUCUCGUCUGGGUCUACCUCGUUGGCGGCUCUGUCAGCUUGCCUGGCAGCUCUUUCCGCGCCCUCUUUGAGGACCGCGUUGCCCAGCUUGGCGAUGUCUCUGACUGCGGCUCCUUCGGCCGCGUCGCCUCGCUCCUCAACGAAGUCUGGAUGCAGACAGGCAACAUCAAGAGCAGUGACAGCUGCGCCGGCAGCCCUGGUUCCACGCAAGGAGCUGAGGCGGUAGCAUACAUCCACUGGAGGGAUGUCAUGCAGAUGAAGGGCUGGGACUUCUUGCUCAUCUAGCAUCCUGGCUGGUUCCGGGUUGUAUAGAUGUGUGCAGAAGGCUCGCCUUUCAUCUGCAUGGUAUGUAUACCGCCUCCGCAAAGGUGAUUCAGGCAAUCGAUUAUUCCCUUUCGCGCAACCAGGGCUGCUUGGCAGCCUGUCUUGCACUGCUGGACACUUUAGAAUCUUCUCUUCUGAUCUUCCCCAUUUUGAUACCACAUUUUUCUACAUUUACACCAACCUAAUCAAAGGUUGCUUUGGGUUUAUUAGAAGGACACGCCGCAAGGCACACGGAGCGGACAUGAACGAUGAGAGCGAAGACACUUGGAUCACACUUUUUUACCUUUUCUUCUGACUGGACACUUUCACGGGUGAGGGUGCACGGGGCAGCUGGGCCUGGCUGCCAGGAUGAUGGAUGAUGACGAAGGAUGAUGGGAAAGGGACCACCUGGAUGAGGCCCUGGAACAUGCAAUGGAAACAUGAGAUGCGACGAACGACUAUUCUUCAUUUAUUCAGACGGAACAAACUUUCGUCUGAUAACUUGGUUUUUCUUUCCUCUCUUGGGUAUACCAUAGCAUGAGCACGGGAAACGGGCUUCAUCGGAGUUUAUGUUUGGGACUUUGGGACUAGCAUUUCGGUGCAUCUGGACUGGAUCGGAUGGAUCAAAGAGAAGGGCUCUGGGAGCUGCGAUGGGCUAGCUUCCCAGUUGACUUCUUCACAUGGUACUCAUUCGGUAGCCUUUCGGCUCCCUAUGGAGCAGUUGGCAGAAUCGAGCAGGAUCAUAGGAAUCAUGUAAUACCAAAACAUUAUACCCAACAAUUUCAAAAGCGCUACUUUCGA